GAGAAGUCGAGUCGCCCGUAGAAGUAUUCUCUGCGCUCUGUCGCUAUUUGCAGGACCCUUCAGCAAUCGCAGAAUCUAAACACGAUAGGCUUAAAAACACAAUUCCCGUGAAUGAAUAUCAAAUUAAUUGAAGGUGAAGAAAUCUUUUAAAAAAAUUAUUUAUAAUUCAGGGUAAUAAUAGGGAUGUCAACCAGCCUGGCUCCGUGCACUCUCGGAUGCGCGUAUCAGGCGUUAUGGAUUUUUUUCUAAAGGAAACGAAAUGAGCUGCUAAGCAUUUGGAUGAUUAUUUCCAACCAGGACACUAUCCAGUGGCGUUUUGGAAGCUGACCGUUUGUUUUUCCUGGAAUGUAAAUGAUUUUACAGAAGAUGGUAGUGCUGUAUUAAAGAGGAAAACUUCGUUUGUUCGGAAAAUAGGGGUUUGAAGCAUUGUGCUGGGAACCUACAGUCAAGACGGCUGCCCUGCAAUAUUACUGAUGAGUAAGAUUAAUACUAGUAAUAGUGUAGAUUUAUAAAUGACCAAAGACUUACUUUAUAAAUAAUAAAAUAUAGCAAUUAUAUUGAUACAAAGGAGCGUUUUGAUGGAAAACAGGCUGUGUAAAUCAUUAUAAUCAACAGAGUAGACUGCAAAUAAAGAAAAGAUUUUUAUACAUAUGUAAACAAAGUAUAUGCGCUGAAGACUGGAUUGUGUUGCCAGUUCCAUAUCUUUUAAGAAACAAUGUUAUCUGCACAGAUUGUGGCAGAACUGUUUUUACCCGAGUGUUAUUCAACACAGAAGAGGAAUGGCCACGUUCUCUGACUUGCGACAUAAAUAUUUUGAAAAUUUCGAAACCUUGACGUGACUCUCCCUUGUGCUCGGCGCGUUCUCAGUCUUGACGCUCGUGUCGAUUUUGAUGAUAAAAACGUGAACAUGUCGGCGGUAAUGGUGACCAAGAAGAUAACGCGAAAAUGGGAAAAGCUGCCGGGGAAGAACACUUUCUGCUGCGACGGACGUGUGAUGAUGGCACGCCAGAAAGGCGUGUUUUAUCUAACCUUAUUCCUCAUCAUUGGGACCUGCUCCUUGUUCUUUGCGUUUGAGUGCCCGUACCUGGCAGUGCACCUGUCUCCUGCCAUCCCUGUCUUUGCUGCCUUGCUCUUCCUGUUCGUCAUAGCCAUGCUGCUGAGGACCAGCUUCAGUGACCCGGGCGUCCUGCCGCGUGCCCUGCCCGAGGAGGCUGCCUUCAUCGAGAUGGAGAUCGAGGCAGCCAAUGGGAGCAUCCCCUCAGGCCAGCGGCCCCCUCCUCGUAUCAGGAACGUCCAGAUCAACAACCAAAUUGUGAAACUCAAGUACUGCUACACCUGCAAAAUCUUCCGUCCGCCGCGCGCAUCACACUGCAGCAUCUGUGAUAACUGUGUGGAUCGCUUCGACCAUCACUGCCCGUGGGUGGGCAACUGCGUGGGCAAGAGGAACUAUCGCUACUUCUACCUGUUCACCCUGUCGCUGUCUCUGCUGACCAUCUACAUCUUCACCUUUGACAUCGUCCAUGUGGUGCUGCGCUCAGUGGACUCGGGGUUUGUGAGCACCAUUAAGGAGACACCUGGGACUGUUCUGGAAGUGCUGGUGUGCUUCUUCACCCUGUGGUCCGUGGUGGGGCUGACCGGUUUUCACACCUACCUGAUCUCCCUCAACCAGACCACCAACGAGGAUAUCAAAGGAUCGUGGUCGGGAAAGAAUCGGGUCCAGAACCCAUACAGCCACAAGAACAUCAUCAAGAACUGCUGCGAGGUGCUGUGUGGACCUGUCUACCCAAGUGUCCUGAAUAGAAGAGAGCUGAUGCAGGAGGAUUCGGCCACCUCUGCUGUCCAGGCCACGCCCGAAACAACUGCCAACGGGAGCAGCAACCCUGAGCCGCAGACCACAAAAACCACAGCGCCGCUCAUUCCCAAUGAGCACACUCCAGAGGAUUCUAAGCCCAGCAUCGCAGCCCCGCCCGAGAAGAGCUCCUCGCCCAGUGAGGAGAAGCCCACUCCCAAGGACACGCCCCCUCUGUCGCCAGGUGACAACACAGACCCUGUACUGGCCAAGGGGAAAGCCCACUAGCUGUAGAGUAGAGGAGAACCCCUCCCCCUCUUUCCCCAGCAGUAUUACUUUAAAAACUCUCUCUUUCGAAAGGAAAACUGUAUAAGUCCUUAAGAACUAACAUUCUGAAAUGCACGUGUAAUGACGAUUAAGACUGUGGCGAACAAACUUCAACCCUGCAUUCCAACCGAGCACGCUGAAGCAAAACUGGCCCUUUGUACUGCUGCCCUGGCAGAGGAAUGCAGGCCUCUGUCCGAGUGACGCUCUGAGGGGCGCACUGUGAAGCCUCCUGGCUCACCAUCGUCAACCCCCCCCCCCCC